AUGGCGUCGAGUCUGCGCACAACGACGACCCUUCGGCCUCUGGCCUCCGCGCUGCGGCCGGCCACCGGCAGAUAUACGCAGCAGCACCAACACCUCCUCCCGCGGGUCGCCCGACGACACAAGUCCGGCCCGUACGGCUACACCCAGGCCAAGGCCCUCGUCUUCUCCAAGGAAGGCGAGCCCAGCGACGUCCUGCAGCUGCACACCCACUCCAUCUCCCCCUCCAUCCCCUCCUCCGCCGUCCUGCUGCGCGCCCUCGCCGCCUCGAUCAACCCGGCCGACAUCAACACGAUCCAGGGCACCUACGGCGCCAAGCCGCCCUUCACCCAGCUCAUCGGCACCCCCGAGCCCGCCGCCAUCCCCGGCAACGAGGGCGUCUUCGAGGUCGUCUCCGUCGGCUCCCGCGACCUCGGCCUCCAGAAAGGCGACUGGGUCAUACCCUCGGCGAGCUCCUUCGGCACCUGGCGCACCCACGCCGUCGCCGACGCCAAGGACGUCAUGAAGGUCUCCAAGGACGGCCUGACCCCGACCCAGGUCGCCACCGUCAGCGUGAACCCCUGCACCGCCUACCGCAUCCUGCGCACCUACGGGCCCGGCGAGAUCCGCGCCGGCGACUCCAACCCCGGCGUCAUGCGCGCCCUCGACCCCGGCAGCGGCGCCUGGUUCAUCCAGAACGGCGCCAACAGCGGCGUCGGCCGCGCCGCCAUCCAGCUCGGCAAGCUCUGGGGCCUGCGGAGCAUCAACGUCGUGCGCGAGCGCGACACCGAAGCCGAGACGGCCCGACUCAAGGACGAGCUCGAGGACCUCGGCGCCACCGUCGUCGUCACCGAGAAGGAGUUCCUCGCCCGCGAGUGGCGCGACCGCCUCAUGGAGCUCACCCGCGCCGGCCGCGAGCCCGUCGGCCUCGGCCUCAACUGCGUCGGCGGCAAGUCGGCCACCGCCGUCGCGAGGAGCCUCGGCGAGAGCGGCACCAUGGUCUCGUACGGCGGCAUGGCCCGCCAGCCCGUCAUGCUGCCCACCGGCCUGCUCAUCUUCAAGGACCUGCGCUUCGUCGGCUUCUGGCUGAGCAAGUGGAACGAGCGCGACCCCCGCGGCCGCAAGUUCGCCGUCGAGGACAUUCUCGGCAUGAUCCGCGAGGGCCGCUUCCGCGACGUCCCCGUCGACGAGGUGCCCUGGCACUGGGACACGGAGGACAAGGUCCUCAAGGACGCCGUCCAGGGUACCCUCGGCGGCUUCCGCAAGGGCAAGGGCGUUUUUGUCUUUGGCGAGACGUGA